UUUAAAGAGUUUGAUCAGAUCAUGAAGUCGGACCCGGACCACCUGGCAGAGCUGGUGAAGAAGGUCAACCAGUGGCUCAUCUGCAGCCGCUGGAAGAAGGUCCAGUGGUGUUCCCUCUCUGUCAUCAAACGUGAGUAACAUCCUAAUCCUGCUACCUACCACAUCAUCAUCAUCAUUAUACACCAGGGCCCGUAUUCACAAAGCGGCUCAGAGAAGGAGUGCUGAUCUAGGGUCAGUUUUCCCAUGUAGGUCAUAAUGAAUAAAUUAUAUAGACGGGGGGGACCUGAUCCUAGAUCAGCACUCCUACACUGAGAUGCUUUGUGAACACAAGCCCUGUCAUGUUCUAGGAGACAAAUGGUUUAAAGUGAUGGCACUAAUUGCUCCGAUCCAAUUCUGAUCAUAAAACGCAAACUAACUGGCUCUGGCCAUCUGUUUUGUGUGGAGAUAUCCUCUGAUAUAGUCAGACCGCCUCAUUAAACUCAGAAAACAGUAAUUGUGAGCCUCUUCAUCCUGAACCAAGAUAUACAGUGGGGAAAAAAAGUAUUUAGUCAGCCACCAAUUGUGCAAGUUCUCCCACUUAAAAAGAUGAGAGAGGCCUGUAAUUUUCAUCAUAUGUACACGUCAACUAUGCAGACAAAUUGAGAGAAAAAAAUCCAGAAAAUCACAUUGUAGGAUUUUUAAUGAAUUUAUUUGCAAAUUAUGGUGGAAAAUAAGUAUUUGGUCACCUACAAACAAGCAAGAUUUCUGGCUCUCACAGACCUGUAACUUCUUCUUUAAGAGGCUCCUCUGUCCUCCACUCGUUACCUGUAUUAAUGGCACCUGUUUGAACUUGUUAUCAGUAUAAAAGACACCUGUCCACAACCUCAAACAGUCACACUCCAAACUCCACUAUGGCCAAGACCAAAGAGCUGUCAAAGGACACCAGAAACAAAAUUGUAGACCUGCACCAGGCUGGGAAGACUGAAUCUGCAAUAGGUAAGCAGCUUGGUUUGAAGAAAUCAACUGUGGGAGCAAUUAUUAGGAAAUGGAAGACAUACAAGACCACUGAUAAUCUCCCUCGAUCUGGGGCUCCACGCAAGAUCUCACCUCGUGGAGUCAAAAUGAUCACAAGAACGGUGAGCAAAAAUCCCAGAACCGCACGGGGGGACCUAGUGAAUGACCUGCAGAGAGCUGGGACCAAAGUAACAAAGCCUACCAUCAGUAACACACUACGCCGCCAGGGACUCAAAUCCUGCAGUGCCAGACGUGUCCCCUUGCUUAAGCCAGUACAUGUCCAGGCCCGUCUGAAGUUUGCUAGAGUGCAUUUGGAUGAUCCAGAAGAGGAUUGGGAGAAUGCCAUAUGGUCAGAUGAAACCAAAAUAGAACUUUUUGGUAAAAACUCAACUCGUCGUGUUUGGAGGACAAAGAAUGCUGAGUUGCAUCCAAAGAACACCAUACCUACUGUGAAGCAUGGAGGUGGAAACAUCAUGCUUUGGGGCUGUUUUUCUGCAAAGGGACCAGGACGACUGAUCCGUGUAAAGGAAAGAAUGAAUGGGGCCAUGUAUCGUGAGAUUUUGAGUGAAAACCUCCUUCCAUCAGCAAGGGCAUUGAAGAUGAAAUGUGGCUGGGUCUUUCAGCAUGACAAUGAUCCCAAACACACUGCCCGGGCAACGAAGGAGUGGCUUCGUAAGAAGCAUUUCAAGGUCCUGGAGUGGCCUAGCCAGUCUCCAGAUCUCAACCCCAUAGAAAAUCUUUGGAGGGAGUUGAAAGUCCGUGUUGCCCAGCGACAGCCCCAAAACAUCACUGCUCUAGAGGAGAUCUGCAUGGAGGAAUGGGCCAAAAUACCAGCAACAGUGUGUGAAAACCUUGUGAAGACUUACAGAAAACGUUUGACCUGUGUCAUUGCCAACAAAGGGUAUAUAACAAAGUAUUGAGAAACUUUUGUUAUUGACCAAAUACUUAUUUUCCACCAUAAUUUGCAAAUAAAUUCAUUAAAAAUUCUACAAUGUGAUUUUCUGGAUUUUUUUUUCUAAUUUUGUCUGUCAUAGUUGACGUGUACCUAUGAUGAAAAUGACAGGCCUCUCUCAUCUUUUUAAGUGGGAGAACUUGCACAAUUGGUGGCUGACUAAAUACAUUUUUUCCCCACUGUAGCUUUUUCCUCCAUUACUCUAACGUGCUGCGGGGCCGUGUUGGCAGACAGUUCACCUCAGCCUGCUACCCUCUAGAUAUGAUAUUUUACCUCCCGGUAUACACCUCCAGUCAUAGAGGGGCUGUGUCCCAAAUGGCAUCCUAUUCCAUACAUAGUGCACUCAUUUUCACUAUGCACUUUUAAAGUAGUGCACUAUAUAGGGAAUAGGGUGCCAUUUGGGACGUAGACCCGGUCUGUGACUGUGUCUACCUCUCACUGAGGCAACAUUUCCAUACCGUCUGCUCUCUCUGUGUGAAUUACCACCGUGGCUGUGGAGUUACUGUGCCAGUCCCUGCAGGUCUGUGAAUGUCUGGGCUGUCAGUCUCAUUCUGUCUCUCUCUCUCUCUCUCUAUCUCUGUCUCUGUCUCUCUCGCUCUCUCUCUCUCAGUGAGGAAUAAGAUGCUGUACCGCGCCAGUGCCUGCAUCAAGAUGCAGAAGACGGUGCGCAUGUGGCUGUGCAGGAGGAAGCACAAACCGCGGUGGGUGUCCUCUCAUCCUUCCUCUCCCUCCCACCUUUCCUUCUCCUUAUACAGCACAUCAUGGCUGCAUCGCCACGGAGACAGUCUCAUUGCUACCUGCUGGUAUACCGCAUGGCUCUGUCUUAUUACCUUUGUAAAGCGCCAGGAGAUCUGUACUGAUAAACAACAGAGCCUUACAGGCAAUAGGAGGGGUACCAUAUGUUUCUGUAAUGCUUCAAGUUUAAACCCAACUGACUAAUUGUGUGUGUGUACUUUAUGUUUGUGUGUGUGUGUUGGGGUACAGGAUCGAUGGGCUGGUGAAGGUGCGUAACCUGAAGAACAGGAUGGAGAAGUUCAACGAGGUGAUCGCCGGCCUGAAGGAGGGGAAGCAGGAGAUGAGCAAGCAGAUCCAGGGGCUGGACGCUGCCAUCAACACGACCAUGCUCAAGAUCAAGGUGUGUGUGAAUUUCACCAGCCUUCCAUUCUGCAACCUCUCCUAGUUCUAUGCUCUUAAGUCAAACUUCUAUACAAUCCCUUCUUUUUCCUCUUGCCAGACUUCUAUGAGUACAAAAAGUAUAUUUCAUCAAGAAAGUUUGAAACGCACUGUAUUUCAUUAUUUCUCCACGUUCAACAUUGUUUUUCAGUGUCAAUACCCCAGCAUGUGAAUGAAUGAAAGUGUAUGACAUGGGCGAUGACAUGUUGUGUUCUCUUCUCCCCUCCAUAUUUAAUAAUUCAUUAGUUCUCCAAAUUCAACAUUGUUUUCUGAAUGUCAAUACCCCAGCAUGUGUAUAGAAUCCGCUCAGUGUCAAAGACAUGAGAUGUGUCCCAAAUGGCGCCCUAUUCCCUACAGUAUAUAGUGCACUACUUUUGAUGGGCCCUGGUUAAAAAUAGUGCAUUAUAUAGGGAAAUAGGGUGCUGUUUGAGACACAGCUCAUGUCUUUGACAUUGAGCGGAUUCUACACACACACUGGCGUAUUGACAUUCAGAAAACAAUGUUGAAUUUAUCCCAGGGUGAAAUAUUUGGUGAUGGUUGAUGGAGGGAAGCUUUACCUAAUAGGAGGCUUCAGCCAGCCAGAAGAUGUGUAAUUACAUCUGGCUUAGUCAAGGGUACUAAGCCUUUUAAAUGGGGGCAGCUUUGACUCCCUUGAGUUAUUGUUCUAAUUUUCUCUAAAGAUUCAGGGUUUAUUUUUUUAUUUACAGGACCUGAUAUUGUUUUGGCAGUGGUACUGUAUAUCUGGGUCUGGCCCUCUCUCUCUACCCGAUGGCAUCGUGGCUUAUUUAGAAGCUAGGAGAUAUUUUUUAAUCGUAGUGGAGGGUGGCUGGAUUUAAUAGGAUGCCUCAGUCCACGGGUUAUGUUCUGCAUUUUGAGAUGAUAUGCAUCUUGUCUCGGAGGGCAGUGUAUAUUCACUUUUGACUUCUCUUUUGCAUUGUUAUGGCCCUGCUUAUGGUAGUAGCCUAUUAAUGAUCUGUAAAAAAGCCAUGUAAACAUUUCAUUAUUUUGCGUCCAACUUAUUUGUUAGCCUUUAAAGGUGACACUAUUGUAGAGAGUAGUGGGCCUUUUAGAGAGUAGUGGGCCUUUUAGGAGUAGUGGGCCUUUAAGGAGUAGAGGGCCUUUAAGGAGUAGUGGGCCUUUAAGGAGUAGUGGGCCUUUAAGGAGUAGUGGGCCUUUAAGGAGUAGUGGGCCUUUUAGAGAGUAGUGGGCCUUUUAGAGAGUAGUGGGCCUUUUAGGAGUAGUGGGCCUUUUAGAGAGUAGUGGGCCUUUUAGAGAGUAGUGGGCCUUUAAGGAGUAGUGGGCCUUUAAGUGGGCCUUUAAGGAGUAGUGGGUCUUUAAUAUAUGCCAUUUAGCAGACACUUUUAUCGAAAGCGGCUUACAACAGUGAGUGCAUACAUUUUCUUAUGGGUGGCCCCAGUGGGAAUCAAACCAAUGACCAUAGCGUUGCAAAGCCAUUCUCUACCGACUAAGCCACAUAAACUACCGUUAAGUGCUUGCUAAGUGUGAGUUCAGUCUGAUGUGGUAGACAAAAUGUAAUUCAACUGAUGUUUGGGUUAUGAAAACAGAUCAUGUACCUUGUCCUCGGUCGGGAGAUGUUAGAACACAUCAAACCCAGACACACAUUUUUGGAGCAGAAUAAGGCAUUCUGAUAAAAGUUUCAUUUGACCCCAGAUGCGUAUGAAUAUUCAUCAGCAGAAGAAUGCAUUGCUGUAACACAUUUGUCUCUAAUUCAACCCUACGUCACUGUGUGUGUGUGGAAGCUCUGUAGAUGCCAGCAGUCACAAGUGUAGGGUUCUGAUUGGGAUGAAUGUGUGAGUGCUCAGGGUAGGAGACAGCAGCAAACAGAAAUACGAACUUGAAUACGGCUAAUUAGAACCUUUGAUAGCCACUUUGACCGAGCCAGCAAGGAUGCUGGCUCCAGAGCGAAGUGCUAGCCCAAUGUAUGUUUGGAGUUUGUGCAAUUUCAUACAAAAGAAUGGAGAGGCGUGCCUAAUUAUAUGCAACAUGCAUUUGUUUGUGUUUGAUUUCGAGGCUUGACACAUGUAACGAAUGAAAUAUAAAAUGAAAUAAAUUAACUGUUAGUCUUUGCUUAGUCUUUAUUGAAUUCAGUAUUAUUAAGCCAGCCCAGCGUUUUGGCUGCAGCCUUUUUUAAGGGAUUCUACUCUCCUCUCCCCUCAGACCACAGCAAUGACCCGCAUUGACAUGGACCAUGAGUACCAGGCCCUCGUGACCAGGUCAGAGGAGCUGCUGACCGCCAUGCAGAACAAGAAGAAGGAGGAGGAGGAGAAGGAGCGACUGAAGAAGAUCCAGGAGGAGAUGGAGAGAGAGAAGAAGAGGAGGGAGGAGGAGGAGCAGCGCCGCAAGCAGGACAAAGAGGACAGGCGUCUGUGA